AUGCCGAAAGUCAAAGAAGGCGAGGAGGAGCCGAAGGAGGCGAUCCCUGCCAGCGAGUUGGUCAGGAUGAUCUUGAUCACAAAUGAGGAGGAGGAUUCCCAGACCUACCAGCAAGCACAGGAUUCGUGUGAAUCGGUGGAAAGGAGCGGAGACUCCUGGCAUCUUUGUGCCAGAGAUGAAGUGGAAGAAAACUGGAAAGAGUACCUACUCAAGGCCAGCGGUGCCUAUGGAUUCCGUGCUUGGGUGGACGAGCGCAACUUUAGUGAAGCGGGCUGCAUCCACAACGGACGGAGGACCCAGGCCACCGCGGAAGAUCCCAACUGGGCCUGCGGCUAUCAGAAGGACAAGAAGUUCAACUCGCUGUGCUGUGUGGACAUGGCUGCCGUGUCGGUGAGGACGGCCGGGAACAUGAACGCCCAGAACUUCAGCCAAGCCCAGGCAACGUGCACCGCCUACCGCAGCCACCUCUGCGACCAGUCAGAGGCAGAAUCCUUCGUUGCGAACAUGGCGCUGGGAUCGACCUGGGUCGCCUGGGGAGCCAAAGGCUGCACCCUGGAAGCGGCCAAGAAGAACUGGACAUGUGGCGACCUGGCGACGCAAGCCAGCCAGUAUGAUGCCUUGUGCUGCCUUGACAAGGACCCCUUGAAGGGCUUGUGGCCGAGCCACCUGGGCGACCCCUGGAGCCUUCAGGACCGCGCGGACUGCUCGAACAAGCUGGCCAUCCUGGAUGGUGGCUGCGAAGACUUCACAGGUCAACUCAGCGCCUGCGGCGGCAAGCUGGAGAACCGCAGCGGGUUGCUGGUGCACUGCGUGGUCGACCUUGGCAGCAGCUCCUGCAGGCCGAGCGGCGUGCAGUGCCUGCCGGACACCUGCGUCGGGGCCUGCAGCGCCGUGCGAUAA